UGACAUCAUAUUGAAUGCGACGCGAAGUUAUUUUCAACACGCAACAAUUCCAGCCUAGACUUAAGCUUUGAACCAGUUUGUGGACGUUUUCCGAACACAUGGAGGGGAAAGGGUUUACCUCUGGCGGUAAGAGGCGUAAUGCCUGGAAGACAGAAAGCCCAGACCCCGUGAGAAACUUCGAGAGGUGGAAGAAGAAGUACGAGAAGACACGAGCACGAGUGAAGCAAACGAGAGCGGAUAUUAAAAAACCCGCAUGGGUCGUGGAGCAGGAGGACAUCCGCAGGCUCGUGACGAGGUACGAACACAUCAACACCAAGGAGGUGCUCAAGUUCUCAGACUUCCCCAUCUCCAAGAAAACCCUACUGGGUCUGCAGGGGGCUCAGUACCGACAGCCCACCGAGAUCCAGAAACAGACCAUCGGCUUCGCUCUGCAGGGGAAAGAUGUCCUCGGCGCGGCAAAGACCGGCUCCGGGAAGACGCUGGCCUUCCUCAUCCCGGUGCUGGAGUGUCUGUACCGCCACCAGUGGACUUCCAUGGCCGGCCUCGGAGCCCUCAUCAUAUCCCCGACCCGAGAACUGGCCUACCAGACCUUCGAAGUCCUUCGCAAAGUGGGCAAGAACCACGAGUUCUCCGCGGGGCUCGUCAUCGGCGGUAAAGACAUCCAGACCGAGUCGGAGAGCAUCUCCCAAACCAACAUCGUCAUCUGCACCCCGGGCCGCAUGCUCCAGCACAUGGAUCAGACAGCCGGUUUCCAAGCGAACAGCCUGCUGAUGCUCGUCCUGGACGAGGCAGACCGCAUCCUGGACAUGGGCUUUGCAGACACACUUAACGCUAUAGUGGAGAACCUCCCCAAGACACGGCAGACCCUGCUGUUCUCUGCCACACAGACCAAGUCCGUAAAAGACCUGGCCCGUCUCAGCCUCAAGGAUCCGGAGUACGUCUGGGUCCAUGAGCAGGCCCGGUUCAGCACCCCGGCCUCUUUGGAGCAGAACUAUGUGGUGUGUGAACUUCACCAGAAGGUCAACAUGCUCUACUCUUUCAUCAGGACUCACCUGAACAAGAAGGUUAUUGUGUUCUUUGCCUGCUGUAAGGAGGUCCAGUACAUGUUCCGGGUCUUCUGCCGUCUCAGACCCGGGUCCUCCAUCCUGGCCCUGCACGGCAAACAGCAUCAGAUGAAGCGGGUGGAGGUCUACAACAUGUUCCUCAAGAAGCAGAGCGCCGUGCUCUUCGCCACCGACAUCGCCGCCAGAGGCCUGGACUUCCCAGCUGUCCACUGGGUCCUGCAGGUGGACUGUCCAGAGGAUGCGGACACGUACAUCCACAGAGUGGGCCGGACCGCCCGCUACAAGAAGGGAGGAGAGGCCCUGCUGCUGCUGCUGCCCUCUGAGGAGGACGCCAUGGUGGCCCAGCUGCAGGAGAAGAAGGUCCCCAUCAACAAGAUAAAGGUGAACCCAGACAAAAUGCAGAGCGUCCAGCAGAAGCUGGAGGCCUUCCUGGCCCAGGAGAUGGAGCAGAAAGAGAGAGCCCAGAGGUGCUUCGUCUCCUACCUGCGCUCAGUUUAUCUGAUGAAGAACAAGGACGUGUUCGAUGUCUUCAAGCUGAACAUUGAGGACUAUGCUCUGUCUCUGGGUCUCGCUGUGGCCCCCAGGGUCCGAUUCCUGCACAAAGCUCAGACGCAAAGAGCUGAGAAAAAGGAGAAGCAGUCUGAUGACGAGGAGGAGCUCCGGAAAUUUAAGGCCCAGCUGAGAGGAAGCCUGCCUCAGGAAGACAGUCAGACCAGUGAUGAUGACGACGACGAUGAUGAUGAUGAUGAUAAAAGUGACAAAGAUGAAGAUCUGUCCUUUACAGCUGUGCUCGGUGCAGACGACAAAGAUGAGGAUGAUCUUCGGGACUUGGACCUGCUGACAGUGAAAAGGAAGGACGUCUUCAAUCUGGCCCAGGACCAGAAGGAAGAAGAGGAAGCUGCCAGCGUCUCCAAGAAAACACCUGAAAAGGAAUCAAAGUUCAAAGAGGCCAAAAAGCUCAUUAGAAGAAACUUUCAGGUCAACACUAAAGUGACGUUUAACACUGAAGGACAGGCCGUGCAGCUGUGGCCCCCGGUGCAGCGGGCAGUGACUGACGCGGGCCCCGACGAAGAGGACGAGGUCUCGGGGAUCAACGUGGAGAAGGCCAAGGAGCGGCUGAGACUGGAGGAUGAGGAGUUUGACAAGCAGGAGUACAGCCGCAGGGUGAAGGCCAAACACCGAGAGAGGAGGCUGAAGGCCAAGGCAGCCAGGAAGGAGGCCAGCAAGCGCACUCGUACUGUCGGCGACGAAGAGGAUGAAGACGACGUCCCGGCUUACCUGGCCAGUCACAGCGAAGACGAGUUUGACCCCAGCACACUGCCGGAUCCUGACCGACCGCACCACUCUGACCAGGAGGAGGAGGAGGAGAGGGAGUCAGCCAAACGGCAGCACAGCAGAGAUGAAGAGGAGACGCUCCCAUCAGGGAAAAGGAAGAAGAUGAAGCAACAGGAGGAGAAGCGCGCAGCUCUGGAUACUGGACUGUCUCUGGCUGAAGAUGAGGAGUUAGUUUUACAUCUGCUGGGGGGGGGACGGUAGAGACGAAAUGUCAAAUAAAAACAAAUCCGUGCAAAGAAACGAUCUUCUUGUUCCACGUUUAGAUAAAUCUAAAAAGAUGGAAAAAUAUUUGCAUUUUCAGAUUUUAUUCCGUUUUCUAAAACUUACUGAUUUAUAUUUCUUCUAAAAGGAUCAAACAGUGAUUCUCAUAUAAUAUCAAAGAUUAAUGUACAGUUUUUGGACAUGAAACACCUUUUCAACCCAUGGGGUUUAAAUACGUACCAUAAAAUAUAUUGCAGACACGUGAUGCUCCAGCUGAGACUCAUUUGACCCGUUUUCUCUGUAAACACAGUAAAUUAGAAACGGGAACGUUUUAUUUAUUGCAAAAGUUCUGUUCAAAAAUGAACCUUUUGGGAGGAACUGAAUGUUGGGUUUUGUUCCGCUGUGAGCUGGAACCAUCGGGGCAUGAAUCUCAUGUUUUGUCUGUAUUUGCUGAGACGUUGGAAGUCCUUUGUCCCUCAAGCCAUCAGACUGUUCAACUCCUCCCAGAGCCGUAUAUAAAUCUGUGACACCCCGGACACUAAUGUAUGCGUGUAUACAUGUACAUAUGCAUGUAUGCAUAUACUCCCUACCACCUUGUGCAUAUUGUCUUCCAAAUGUGGCUACUGUAUUUUUCAGAUUAUAAGGUGCAUCAAGUGAAACAAAACAGAUAAGUCAAACUUUAUUCAACUCAUUCACGAUAACCACAUAAAAUCGUUUCGAGGUCAGUAAACACAACCAGAUUCAACACAUAAGGUGCACCUGAUAAGGCUCACUGGAUUUUAAUUGAUCCUUAUAGUUUGAAAAAUACAGUAUUCUGCUUCUUCUGCUGAUUAAUUCAUGUGUUUUUUUCCUGUAUAAUUAGAACAUGAUGGUUGCCUCAAAUUUC